AUGUGCCAGACACGACAGCAAGCUCUGGGGAUACAGGGACCAUUAAGCUAUGAUGACUUCAGUGGAAGGGCUCAUGAUCUUCUGGGCAAAUGGAGCAAGGUCCAUGCCUGCACAGAGAACCUGUGUCAUGCAGAAAAAUGCUGGAGGUCCUUGCAAGAGGAAAAUGUGAAAAAGACCGACUGGUUCCAGGAAUGGCCAGAUUCCUAUGAGAAGCACAUCUACAGCUCAGAGGACAGGAAUGCGCAGCGACACCUGAGCAGCUGGGCCAUGCGCAACACCAACAACCACAACUCACGCAUCCUCAAGAAGUCCUGUCUGGGCGUGGUGGUGUGCGGCCGAGACUGCUCCGCCGAGGAGGGGCGGAAGAUCUACCUGCGACCUGCCAUCUGUGACAAAGCCCGGCAGAAGCAGCAGAGGAAACGCUGUCCCAACUGUGACGGGCCUCUGAAGCUAAUUCCUUGCCGAGGCCAUGGGGGCUUCCCGGUCACCAACUUCUGGAGGCACGACGGACGCUUCAUAUUCUUCCAGUCAAAGGGAGAGCACGAUCAUCCAAAACCAGAAACCAAACUGGAAGCCGAGGCAAGAAGAACGAUGAAGAAAGUACACACGGCGUCUGCCUCUGUCCCCUUAAAGCUGAAGGAGAGCCCAGAGACAAAGAUAAAGCACACUCUACCAAGAUGAAAUAACCAGGAAGUUUCUGAAAACAUUGGACACCUGCGGUGUUGGGGGUUGGAGAGGCCAAACUGUGAUGUGAAAUUUAUGGCUUUAUGGGCAUCAAACCAUAGGUUUGUGGGUUUGUCUGCUUAAUAGUGAUGCUAAUUCCUGUAUUUUACUACUGCUCAGUGCUCCGCAUUUCAUGAGGACAGAGAUGGAGCCAGUUCAUCCCUAGAGGUUCUAAAUGUGUCUUACGUAGGAAAAAAAUGUCAUUUGGGUCUGUUAAUAGGGACAUGUGAGCCCCUGAAACCAAAUGGCUGGUUCCUCAUCCCUUCUCACAGCCCUGGGACAAAUUGAAGGGCAUUUCCUCCCACUCACUCUACCUGGUCAUAGUCUCUCUACCCCCACCCUCGUUACAUAAACAAGCAGAUCACUUAAUUCUCAACCAGCUUCUUUCCCUGUGAAUAACUGGAAAGUAAUACGCUUCCUUUAUUUAUAGAAAUAAAUUUACUACUUCAUA